ACAAUUUGUUCAAAUUCGGUAAUACUAAUGAGAAAUUAUUAUGGUAAUAAUAGCAUAAGUCAAGAACUAGAGAAUUUUGUUAGGGAUGAAUGUAAGUCUGGAAACAUUAAGAAGCUUGAUGAUGGUUUAAGAUACUUUAACAUAUUGAUUUCAGUAAACCCAUUUCCAUCUAGUCAUAUAUUUAGUCUUUUAUUGGGAUCAUUAUCCAAGAUUGAAUGUUAUUCAGAAGUGAUUAUGUUGUAUAAGAAGAUGAAUAUGAUUGGAAUAGAACCUCAUUUGUAUACAUUUAAUGUUUUGGUUAAUUGUUAUUGUCAAUUAGUCCAAGUUGAUCAUGGGUUUUGCAUUUUAGGUGAGACUCUGAAGAGGGGUUUAAAUCCUGAUGUUUGUACUUUUACUGUCCUCAUCAAGGGGAUGUGUAUGCAAGGAAAGAUUUUUCUUGCUCUUCAAGUGUUUGAUAAAAUGACUGAGAUAGGUAUACAGCCUGAUGUUGUUAUGUUUGGGACUGUUGUUACUGGACUUUGUAAAACUGGGGAAAUAGGUCUCGCUAUGGAGUUUCCGAGAAUGAUGGCGAAAUGGAAUUGCAGUCCUAAUGUUGUUGUUUAUAGUUCUUUGAUUAAUGGACUCUGCAGUGCAAACCGGUUUCACGAAGCAAAAAGACUCUUAGACGAUAUGACUAGUAGAGGAAUCACUGCGAAUGUAACAUCUUAUAAUUGUAUAAUUCGUGGUCAUUGUGUACAUAAUCAAUUGAAAGAAGCAAGGCAGUAUUUCUAUGAAAUGCUGGAUCGAGGGAUCCUACCUAAUACGGUUACCUUUAACAUGUUAAUAGAUUAUUUCUGUAAACAAGGGAUGCUGGAAAAUGCUCAUGAAUUAUUUGUACUGAUGUGUAAGUUAGACAUAUAACCAGAUGAGAUUACUUAUAAUUCGAUGAUGGACGGUCUAUGUUUGAUAGGUCGGUUGCAAGAAGCGGUGUAACUGUUUGAUUCAAUGGUCAAUAGGGGUCUUGAACCCAGUGUUAUUAGUUACAAUAUACUGAUUGAUGGGUAUUGCAAGAGUCGGAAGUUGCACGAAGCUAUGAAGCUCUUCAAGAAUCUGAAACAAAAUGGGUUUAAACCCACAGUAGUUACCUAUAAUAUAUUAUUAGCGGGAUUAUACCGGGAUGGAAGAGUUGGGAGUGCACAGACUUUGUUUAUGGAGAUGAAGUCUUUCGGCUUAUCUCCAAGUGAAGUUACAUAUGGUACAAUGCUGGAUGGGCUUUGCAAGAAUGGACAUCUUGAGAAGGCUAUUGCAUUAUAUAAAACCGCUGAAAGUACUAGUGUUAAAGCUAAUAUUGACACGCACAAUGUUGUUAUUCAUGGGUUUUUCGAGAGGGUGGCCAAUUGGAAAAUGCAACAAAUUUUUUUUGAUGAAAUCCCAGACAGAGGAUUAGUGCCUUACACAAUGAUUUACUCUGGGGAAUGGAAUUUUAUUCGAGGCUAACAAUGAACAAUCUAAUCUUCGAAAUGAAAGAGACGGGUUUUUACCUGAUGCUAGGACUUAUGGUACCAUCAUUCAAGGAUUUCUUGGAGCAACGUAAACUACAGGGCAUUGCAACUUCUUCAUGACAUUCAUGAAAGAGAAUUUGUACCCUGGGAUUCUGUGAUUUCCUCCCAGGGACUUACAAGCACACUUCAGAGUUUAGGCAUUCUCGCAAAGAGUUAGAUGCUAUGGAAAUCACCAACACCAUCUGUUGUAUCGUCCUUACACGUUCUGAUAGGGCUUACUUGUUGGGUUACCAGGUAAAGCAGGUAUACUUGAUGAACAAAAAAAAAAUCACAAUUGAAAUUUAAGAAAAACCUUUAAUGUCUUUUCAGAAUUCAUUCAACUUUCAUGUUCUGAGGAUGAGUGCUUAAGUAAACAUUCCAUCAACUUGCGAAGAGAUCCAUCUUGGAAGUUCAUCGAUACAAUUUGAAUUGUGUUUCGAAGUUAUGACAUAUAGCUGUUCAUAGAGAACUCUUUUAUAAUCUCAUUGAUACUUUAGGAAAAAGAUUAUUCAGUGGGUAGAUUGCUCCUCCUGUUGGUACCAUUCAUGUUAAUGAUAUCAAGUGGCUUGGUUAUAGCUGCCAUGUCAAUGUAUCGUAAGUUUGUAAUCCCAUGCAUAGCUGUUUAGGGCAGAAUAUGCUCAUUUCCUCCUUGCGGAGAUGAUAGCCUACUUAGGAUUAGUAUAACAGAAAUGUUGAUGGUGUCAAUUCCUUUAACAGAAAGUUGAAAGAAAUGAAUCAACUAGGGUUGUUCUAAUACUAUUAACACUUUUUUUUUUUAAUGUUACUCCCACAAUGUAGUCUUUGUUCCCUGUAUGUUGCAAUUCAUUCAUGUUCGAGGGUGUGAAUGUGUGCAUCGGGACAGAAGUGUCCCUUCAGAAAGUUGAUGUUAUUUUAGUUUUAAAUGAAAAUUAGUUCAAGAUUAAGAAGGCCCAUAACUUGGAUUUCUUAAUGGUUUGUCUAUGUGCUGCGUUUGUUUUUCCUUCCCUCUUUUCAUUUCUCAUGAUUGUUUGAGUUAUCAUGUGUUUCAUUGUUGUUAAGUGAGGCAAUUGUGUGGCUUCUUGCCAAAGAUAACAGUAAAGCUUUUGAUUUUGGAGCUUGCUUGUGGUGGAAUUCUGGGAAUCGAGGAACAACAUCAUUUUUGAGAAAGACCCAAUAUCUAAAAGGUAAUUAGGUAUGACAGACGGAUGCUUAACUCAUACAAGGAGCAAUAAUCUAAACAGCUGGAGAAGAACUUAUUUCCAGUUUAUGUGGCAAAAUGGUAAAUCUUCUUCAGCUGCAACUGCUCGUAAUCAGAGAGGACAAUUCCUGGGUGGCGAAAUCCACACGGCAAGGCAAUCUGACCUCUUGUUGCUGAGGAUCUUUGUCUAAGAGAUGGAAUUCAUUUCUCAGAAAUGUUGAACUGCAGUGAAUCCAAUGACGUAAUCCUGGAGAAUGAUUCUCAAUCUCUUAUCUUCAUUCUUCAAGGUUAUGAUAUAAUCCCUUGGAAGGUUAUGAAUAUCAUUCUGUAUAUCAAGGCUCAAGUGAGUUUGUUCGGCAAAGUUGAAUUCAGCUUUGCUUUACGUGAAGCAAAUUGUUGUGCUGAUGCAUUAAGACAUCACACCCUCUCAGAGUUGAAAGUUGGUUGUUCUCUGUCCCUUUCCAUUCUUUCAAGUCAUUUUCAGGUGGGCUUAGCUACAGCUUGUAAUGCUGUUUUUUUUCCUUAUUUGCUCUUGUUUUUUUGGUUAUAGAAUGAUAUUUUUUUGGCUCCAAAUGGAAUUAAGAGCUUAUGGUUUUUAUGUGGUACACUACAAAAGGUUAGGCCUUGCAUUUUUCUUUUUCGUGGAAGUUAUCAUGCAUCAAGUGUUUUAUAAAUGUGAAGUUAGAUGGUUUCCCAUACAGUUCUUUUACGUAAGAGUAAAACCUUCUGAAGGCAUUUUAACCAUGGUCAUAUCUUCAUCAUUGUUUCACUAUUGGUGUUUUCUUCUGAUUUUUCAUGUAUUACUAGGAAUAUUUUGUUCGUCUGGGAGUUCUUUAGAUCAGUGCAAGAACACCAGUACUGGCUAUAAUCCACCUGCUAUAUUUAUAUUUGGAGAUUCUUUGGCCGACGUUGGAAACAAUAACCACCUCAAUACAAUUGCAAAAGCUGUCAGCUACCCUAGUGGGAUUGAUUUUCCUGGUGGAAAACCUACUGGACGAUACACUAACGGAAGAACAGUUAUUGACAUCGUAGGUCAGGAAUUGGGUUUGAAGAAGUUCAUUCCACCAUCCAAUGAUCCAGCUACUGUUGGAGAAGUUGUUUUCCAUGGAGUCAAUUAUGCAUCUGGUGGUGCCGGAAUUCUCAACAAAACUGGUUAUCUCUUUGGAGCGCGGAUAAACUUGUAUGCGCAAAUUGAUAAUUUCGCAAAAACAAGGCAGUACAUAAUCAGAUGUCUCGGUUCUACUGCAGCUUCAGAACUUUUCAAGAACGCUAUCUUCAAUUUUGCUGUUGGUUGUAAUGAUUACCUCGACAACUACUUCACUCCAAUUUUCUCAAUACCUGACCAAAUAUUUGUUAACGUGGACGUGUUCACAGAUUUAUUGAUCUCAGAAUUCAGAAUUCAACUAACAAGUUUGUAUAACUUGGAUGCAAGAAAAAUUGUUGUGGAAAAUAUUCCAGUUAUUGGUUGCAUCCCAACCGUAAGAGAAUUUAGCGAACUAUGGGCGCCAGAUACCUGCAGUAAACAAAUAAACAACGCAGCAAUGUUAUUUAACAGGAAAUUGAAGGCAUUGAUAAGGGAGCUGAACUCGAAACUUGUUGGAGCAAAAUUUGUCUAUGCAGAUAUCUACCGCAUUUUCUCCGAUCUCCUCCAUAAUUAUAAAGCUCAUGGAUUCGAGGAUAAUAGCUCUGCGUGUUGUGCUAAAUUUGGUCGGUUCGGAGGCUUGUCUUUUUGUGUUCCAGAUGCAAGACUUUGUCCAGACCGAUCCAAGUAUAUAUUUUGGGAUAAUGCUCAUCCUACUGAUGCUGCCAAUGCAGUCGUUGCCAAACGAAUGGUUGAUGGCAACAUUAAUGACAUGUAUCCAAUAAAUAUUAGAAAGCUAGUCGGCCAGAAGAAGCUUUAAAAAGAUCAGCUGUUUUUCAUUGUGUUAGUAUUGCUCUGUAUGUUUCUCUCAUCUUUAUGCAAAUAUAUAAGAAUACUGGGUAAAAUUUAAAAGCUGUAAUAUCAGUCUGAAAAUAUCUUACUCUAAUGAUAUUUAUUUUAUA